UAUUUAAAAACACUUGCAAAAAUGUAUGACUGCUGAAUCUAUUAGUUGUGACGUUGAAUAUGUUAACCCCGCCUCUUCUCCCUUAUCAGGACUCGACGGGCAGGGCAUGUUGAGCCGCACAUUGUCUUGGAACUCCGAGGAAGCGAACAAGCUUGAGGUUGAGCUGAGCAGUGAAAGAAUGUAGCUAGACAGUUCAUGCAUAUGCGACGCAAGUUGCCAAGAGCACCGUAUAACUUCCCCCGAUGGCUUUCGCCAACGUCAGAUGGUGAUUAUGCCUAGUGCCGACUCCGUUACGGGAAGAAGUUUACCAGAAGUAGAGAAAUAUCAGCUGGAUAGACACCAAGCGAUGGAUCAGAGCGACGGCGGUUACGUGCUCAGCAUCCCCGUGCCGCCCAUGCGGCGCGGCGGCUCCGACACGCACCUGGAGCUGGAGCGCAGCGUGUCGUCGGCCUCCUCGUCGUACGCCGAGCUCUUCCCGGACUUCCGCCGCAGCCGCGCGGGCCUGAGCAGCCUGCAGCAGAAGAUGCUUAAAGUGACGGAGCAGCUGAAGAUCGAGCAGACGGCGCGCGACGAGAACGUGGCCGAGUACCUCAAGCUGGUCAACAGCGCCGACAAGCAACAGGUGGCGCGCAUCCGCCAGGUGUUUGAGAAGAAGCACCAGAAGUCGGAGCAGACCAUCGCCAACCUGCAGCGCAAACUGGAGCAGUACCACCGGCGCAUGAAGGACUGCGAGAGCAGCCAGAACACCUCCGCAUCCUCGCCCUCCACCUUGAGGCACAACGUGUCCAACGCCUCGAGCAACGCCUCGCCGCCCUGCCUGGUCAAGGGCAAAAGCGACCCCCCGAGCAGCAAGGGGGGCCUGCGAGACAUGAUGAGCAGCGGGCGCCACCCGACCCUGGACAAGAUCAAGACCAUCGGGCCGGGCGUGUCGCUCUCGCCGCCCUUCUUCUUCAGCAAGCCGCGCGAGUUUGCCAACCUCAUCCGCAACAGGUUCGGCAGCGCCGACAACAUCGCCCACAUGAAGACCUCGCUGGAGGUGCCCUCGGGCUUUCAGCAGGAAGGGGAGGCCAGCCGGGCGCUCAGCAGCAGCACCAACACGGUGGACAAGCCCAAGUACCCCAGCGACGACGAGUGCUCUACGGGGACCUCCGUGUCGGCCGACAGCAAUGGAAACCCCCUCUUGGAGCCCGCCGAGGGCCAGGGGCGUGUGGAGCUCCUGCAGGAGGAGGUGCGGGAGAUCCGCGAGGUGCAGUCCAACCUGGCCGACGACAUGGAGACCCUGAAGGAGCAGUUCAAGAACGACUACAGUUUUCUCACACAGGCGCUGCAUGAGGAGAAAUACAGAUUUGAGAGGCUGGAGGACCAGCUGAACGACCUGACUGAGCUCCACCAACAUGAGAUGGCCGAUCUGAAGCAGGAGCUGGCCAGCAUAGAGGAGAAAGUGGCCUAUCAGGCCAAUGAGCGAGCCAGAGACCUCACGGAGGCUCUGGAGACGUGUCAGACGCGGGUGUCCAAGCUGGAGCUGCAGCAGCAGCAGCAGCAGCAGGCCGUGCACGGGGAGAGCAGCGGCGACGCGCGCGUGCUCCUGGGCCGCUGCAUCAACAUCCUGCUGGCGCUGGCCACCGUGGUGCUGGUGUGCGUCUCCACGGCGGCCAAGUUCACGGCGCCCAUGCUCCGCAGCCGGCUGCACGUGCUGGUCACCUCGCUGGGCCUGCUGCUGCUGGCCUUCUGCUGGAAACACUGGGAGCAGCUGCAGUGCGCCCUGGAGCGUCUCAUGCUGCCCGGGUGAGAGCGCCACCUUCUGGUGGGGAAUGAAAACGGUUGCUCUCAGGUACUGGGAAAGGGAUUAUGGUUACAUGGCAGCAUGAUGAUGAAGGCAACAGCAUCUUCAUCACCACCAUCAUCAUCAUCAUCAUCACCACUAAGGGAAGAGGCCCCUACUGCUGUCAAGGGGUUUUUGGAAGGAUGUCUGAUGGAUGAUUUGGACUGUGCUCAGGGGAGUACUCUUCAUAGACAGUCUGGUUGGAGGGAGAUUAUGAAAAAUGUGAAAAAUGUGAUUCAGCCUCAUUCUCAUGUCUUUCUCUUAACUCUUUCUUUCUUUCUUUCUUACUCUCUCUAUCUCUGUCUAUUUUCACUCCUCUCUACUGUCGCCAGGAGAUGAGAUGAGAUGAGAUGAGAUGUGUUAUUCUCUAGACUAGAACAAGAUUGGUGUCAGUUUGGUGGUAUCUGUUUUUACUGGACCAGUUGAGAAAAGUGCAAUAUCUGUUACCUUUUUUUGUUUUUAGACCUUUUUUUUUAAAAAACAUUCUGGUGAAAUUGUGUGCAUGUUUUUUAAACACUUUACUAUCAAACACUCAGAGAGAGAGAGAGAGAGAGGGUUAGGUGGUGUUUAUUCACCCAGUCUAUUUGGACAUCACUCACGGGGCCCGUUGGCGGACUCGGGUCGCCCUCUCCCGCGCUCUCCUCUCUCCUUAUAUGGACACCCACUGGACUCAGCCCUACACUGCGCUCAGCAAUGCAUCAUCCCACUGACUCUACCAGUACAACCAAGAGGAAAAAAUAGACUUCAAGGCAAAGAUAUUUUUUUUAUUACUAUUAUUAUUGUGUUCACUGUGGUCCUCACUUUACUCCUCCAUUACACAACCUGCCCUGCCUGGACCAGCAGAAGUGUGGAGAGAGAUCGCAGAGCCCCGACACCCUGACCUUGCUCGCUGAAGCGGGGCCGUAACUCCUCACUACUGCUCAGGCGAAUGUUCGGUGCCCGACGUCAGCGAGACGGAGCAGGGUUCCUGUGGAAACAUUUAUUAAGACUGUGAGACGGUUCAAGCCUGUGGAGUAUUUUUUAUACAUGUCUGGAUAUCCUGAAUGAAAUAUAAGGUUCAUUUUUAAGCAA